AUGCUCAGCACACUGGUUAUUAAGAAGCUGAAUCAAGCCAUUGUGAUUAUGAUUGCAAUUAGUGUUGGAAUCGUGUUCGGUUUUUUCAUUGGAGUCUCGUUUCACACACUACCGUUAACUAAGAUUUGGGUGCCGACAAAUCCAAAAGGCGCCGAGAGAUUGCCUUCGGGCAUUGUUUCAUCGGAAUCAGAUUUAUAUCUACGCAGAUUGUGGGGCCUACCUAGGCAGGACUUGGACAAUAAGCCGAAAUAUCUGGUGACUUUUACUGUUGGUUAUGAUCUAAGGAACAAUAUCGACAAGGCAGUGAAAAAGUUUUCAGAUAAUUUCACGAUCGUUUUGUUUCAUUACGACGGGAGAACUACCGAAUGGGACAAUUUCGAGUGGUCCAAACGAGCUAUUCAUAUCAGUGCAAGAAAACAGACUAAAUGGUGGUAUGCGAAAAGGUUUCUACAUCCAGACAUUAUAGCCCCUUACGACUAUAUAUUUGUUUGGGACGAGGAUCUUGGAACCGAGCAUUUUGAUGCAGAAGAAUAUAUCAAGAUUAUCAGAAAAUAUGGUUUGGAGAUAUCACAGCCCGGUUUGGAACCGAACAAGAAAAUGCCUUGGCAGAUGACUAAAAGGCGAACCGACUCUGAAGUUCACAAGUACGCAGAGGAGAAGCCCGGUUGGUGUUCGGAUCCUCAUUCGCCUCCUUGUGCAGCGUUUGUGGAAAUCAUGGCUCCUGUCUUCUCUCGGGACGCAUGGCGCUGCGUUUGGCAUAUGAUUCAGAACGACUUGGUCCACGGAUGGGGUCUCGAUUUCGCCCUCCAAAAAUGUGUCGACCCUGCCUAUGAAAAAAUCGGUGUUGUGGAUUCUCAAUGGAUUGUUCACCAAACUAUACCUUCAUUGGGAAAUCAGGUGAGACUGAGGUGCCGGAGAGAGUGGAAUAUGUUCAAUGCUCGUCUGAACAAUGCUGAAAAGGCCUAUUACCGUUCGCUCGGGAUUGAUCCUUCCAAUAACAUAACACAGGGUCAGAGAUAA